UUUGCUCAGUUUCGAGGAAAAUCGCGUCGCGCCAACUUGGGAAAUGCGUUGCGUCGUGUCCCGUGAAAAUUAUCGAGACUAAGGCCCCCAAAGCCCCCGAAGGAUUAGCCAGAAAAUAAUAAUAAUCAUAGAUAGCAAUAAACAGCAAACAAAGUGUGACCAAAGUGAUAUAUGUGUGCCUGUCUACCCGUCUAUUUGUGAAUCCAUUGCUAUUUUUGGCAUCUCUGUUGUGGGUAAUUAGUACAAAGUGUCGAGCAAUUUUCCGUCUCAAUUGAAGUGCUUCUCGCCCUUUGCCAAAAAGCAUCCGUUUAACAAUGUGCUGUGAUGACUUAAUGAAAAGUUAAUACGUCUCUGAAUAAUUGCAGCAAAUUGAAAUAUUAAUUGUUCAACAUUUGUUUCGUGUGCGCUGCGGCAAAGUCGUCUCUAUCUCGCUAAAUUGGCAUUGCCUGGCUAAAAAUACAAGAAAGUCCACAGCUAUACCAGAUAUAACAACAAGUUUUAUUUAUUGCCUAAAUAUAUUUGUGUAUUUUGUGUGUUUUUGUGUCCCGUCGUCCAUAAAGACGCUAGGCAAAGGCGUAUAAUUUUCUAAAUUCUUGUGCUAGUAACACUUUCAGCACCAGCAAAAAGUCAAGCCAUUAAAAAAUAUAUAUCGUGCUAAGGAAUCGCAAAAAAUCAACACAGCAGCAGAACAUAAAAAAUAAUAGAAAAAUAAAACAAAAACAAAGGCCGAAUAAAUAAUCCAACAAUAUGUCGGCCUCCACGCGAAGUUCGGUGACGAGAAAGUCGUCGCUAUCCAAAAGUUCUAGUACAGACAAAUCCACAAAGUCCUCGCCGAAUUCCUCGAAAACCCCGAGCACCGUCAGUGGAAACAAACAGAAAAUGCAGUACACAAAAACCAGGGAGCGCAUGGUCGAUGACGUACCACUGCCCCCUGCCCACAAACUGACCAUGUCAGAGGUAUACGAUGAUCCUAAGACCGGAAAACCCAACUUCGACGUCCUGCGUCAGCACUUCCUGUUGGAGGGACGAAUCGAGGAGGCGGUGGCCAUGAGGAUCAUCACCGAAGGAGCCGCCCUGUUGCGCGAGGAGAAGAACAUGAUCGACGUGGAGGCACCCAUCACCGUGUGCGGGGAUAUCCAUGGGCAGUUCUUCGAUCUCGUAAAGCUCUUCGAGGUGGGUGGUCCACCGGCCACCACCAGAUACCUCUUCCUGGGCGAUUACGUGGACAGAGGAUACUUCAGUAUAGAGUGCGUUCUGUAUCUGUGGUCCCUGAAAAUAACCUACCCCACCACACUUUCCCUGCUUCGAGGAAAUCACGAGUGCAGGCACCUCACAGAGUACUUUACCUUCAAGCAGGAAUGCAUCAUCAAGUAUUCGGAAAGUAUUUACGACGCCUGCAUGGAGGCGUUUGACUGCCUGCCCCUCGCCGCCCUCCUGAAUCAGCAGUUCCUCUGUAUUCACGGUGGUCUGUCGCCCGAGAUUUUCACACUCGACGACAUCAAGACGCUAAAUCGGUUCAGGGAACCACCGGCCUAUGGACCCAUGUGCGACCUCCUCUGGUCCGAUCCUCUGGAGGACUUUGGCAAUGAGAAAACCAAUGAGUUCUUCUCCCACAACUCGGUCCGUGGCUGCUCCUACUUCUUCAGCUACUCGGCCUGCUGUGAGUUCCUGCAGAAGAACAACCUCCUGUCGAUAGUCAGGGCCCAUGAGGCCCAGGACGCGGGUUACCGCAUGUAUCGGAAGAACCAGGUUACGGGCUUCCCCUCGCUGAUCACUAUCUUCUCCGCCCCCAAUUAUCUGGAUGUUUACAACAACAAGGCAGCUGUGCUCAAGUACGAGAACAACGUGAUGAACAUCCGCCAGUUCAAUUGCUCGCCACAUCCCUACUGGCUGCCCAACUUCAUGGAUGUCUUCACAUGGUCGCUGCCCUUCGUGGGCGAAAAGGUCACCGAGAUGCUGGUGAACAUCCUGAACAUUUGCUCAGACGACGAACUGGUGGCAGGACCCGAUGACGAGCUGGAGGAAGAGCUCCGCAAGAAAAUUGUGCUCGUGCCGGCGAACGCGAGUAAUAACAAUAACAAUAAUACGCCCAGUAAGCCAGCUUCCAUGUCGGCGCUGCGCAAAGAGAUAAUACGGAAUAAGAUACGGGCCAUUGGCAAGAUGUCGCGCGUCUUCUCCAUCCUCAGGGAGGAAUCGGAGAGCGUGCUCCAGCUGAAGGGUCUGACGCCCACGGGCUCCUUGCCAGUGGGCGCCUUGUCCGGCGGAAGGGAUUCCCUGAAGGAGGCUCUGCAAGGACUGACCGCAUCCUCGCACAUCCACUCCUUUGCGGAGGCCAAGGGCCUGGAUGCGGUCAACGAACGGAUGCCGCCGCGCCGCCCUCUUUUGAUGAGUGCCAGCAGCAGCAGCAUCACCACGGUCACCAGGAGCAGCAGCAACACUAGCAACAGCAACAGCAACACUGGCAACGGCAACAGCAGCAGCAACAGCAGCACUAGCAACACGACGACAAAGGACAUCAGCAACAUCAGUAGUAAUGACACCACAACCGUAACCAAAACGAGCAGGACGACCGUGAAAUCGGCCACCACCAGUAAUGUGCGGGCAGGAUUGGGAUUCAGCUCCAAGAAGUUCUCAUAGUGGGUUCGCACAGUGCCAACACAACUUUUUAUUAUUUUCGUUUUGACUUUCUGUUGCCCAUUUAGUUGUACGUCUUGUUAAGGUGAGGUCAGGCGCGCAAAUAGGCUCACACAAACUGGUAUCAAAACAACUCUAAAAAUUAUCUUCAAAAUCUAUGUUAACGAUUUCAAAACCUUUACAGAUUUUUGUAUUGCUAAUUAUAACUAUUAAAGUAUGACACACCAAUUGUGCUAAUUUAUUUGACUGUCUGACCUUAGCUUUAGUUAAAAUUUUAUACAAAACACUUUCUCUAAUGCUAGUCAAAACCAAUAAGAAAUGUGACCUGCGAUUGUACAGCUUUCGAUUGCAGGUGCACACUUUAUAGAAUCUCUCCGCGCAACCCCCAGGCAAUAUUAGUAAAAAUUUAUACGGGACACGAAAAAAGUUCAAUAAAAAGUGGCUGAAAAUAGCUUAGAAAAUUA